AUGAAGAUGCACGGUGGCUCUGCAGAGUCUGCCACGGAUGUCGGCAAAACUGCUCGCAAGGCCGCAAUGCUGCGCCACGUUGGCAAGUCUCGACAACGAUACUUUUUCCCACAACGCAUUAUGCAAACUGAUGACCAUACUCUCAAAGCCUUCGUCCAGGAGCACCAUGGAUCUUUGAACAGUUAA